AUGGGGAGCCGAUUGCAGCAAGCGCUGAGGAGUUUUUGUUCCAACAGCGAUUGGAAAUAUGCAGUUUUCUGGAAGAUAACACGUCAAACGAGGAUGAUGUUAACUUGGGAGGAUGCUUAUUAUGAUGGAAACCAAUCGGAAAAGAAGUUGUACAAUCCUGCUUCAGGAAGCUCGAUUGAGGGUCCUUACUCACAUGAUCCUCUGGGAUUGGCUGUGGCAAAUAUGUCUUAUCAAGUAUAUUCUUUUGGGGAAGGGGUUGUCGGAAAGGUAGCAGUUUCUGGAAAGCAUUCGUGGAUAUUUUUAGAUGAGCUUGAUUCUUUCUCAUAUGAGUAUUCCGAUGGGUGGCAAACUCAGUUUUCAGCUGGCAUUAAGACCAUUGUUGUUGUGGCUGUGAUUCCACAUGGAGUUGUACAACUAGGCUCUCUGCAUAAAAUUUCUGAGGAUGUGAAGCUGGUUGACCAUAUAAGAAAUGUUUUCUCUGGCCUACAAGAUUCAUUACUCGGUUGUAUUCCAAGUUCAAUGAAAAGUAACACUGAUGAUUCUUGUUUGCCAGAUACAUGCACAAAAAUUCCAGAUUCGGCUUUUCACAACUCCAUAGGCAAAAUGAAAAGGUCUCUUCAUGAGAAUGAGGUGAACUUGUGGUCUCAGUUUCUUUCACCUCUUGGGGAAUCUGUUAAUCAAUUUCACAUUUUCCCUCAAAUUGGAGCUGCUGGGCCCUCAGUGCCUGGAAAUGAAAUUUUACUUCCCUCGAGCUCGGUAAAUAUUCUCUCAAGUCAGCCGCAAGCACCAGUGAUGGAAAAUCCAAACAACAAGAAAUUCGGUGGUGAAACAAGUGACUCCAGAGAUUUAGGAAAGAGACCCGAAAUUACGAGUACGUCUUCAUCUGCUAAGAAUGUCAAGAUCGAGAAUUUGAACAUAAAUAAUUUCGAAACUCGACAUUUCGAGAACCUCCAACUGCCGAUCAAGUCUAAUAAUCGUGCAGCAGAGAUGAAUAUUUCACCUUUCGGUUUUUGUGCCGGGUAUGAACUGUACGAAGCUUUAGGAUCUUCCUUCCAGGAGCAGAAAAAUGACUCCAUUUGGGGGGCCGUAAAUAUUUCCGAGGGUAUAGGCAGUUGCAGUUUGCUGAGGGGAAAUUCUGAUGCGAACCUUCUAGAAGCAGUGGUGGCCCGAACAGGAAGUCAUCAAGGGUAUGACACGGAAAAUGAGAGGUCCUGCCGUGAAUCCCUCUUGACUCCCGAUAAAACACCGUGCAAUAGUUUGGGCACUAUUAGUUCGUUCGACCGGGACACUUCGUGUAGCUUGAAUUCGGUGACUUGUAGUGUCGAGUCCUUGAGGGGAUUCCCUUGUACCAGUUCUAGUAUAGGGAGUGAGCAUUUGGAUAAGGCUCGAAUGCUGGCUAAACCGAAUAGAAAAAGAGCUCGACCGGGUGAGAGUACUAGGCCAAGGCCAAGGGAUAGGCAAUUGAUCCAAGAUCGGAUAAAGGAACUGAGAGAGCUCGUGCCCAGUGGAUCUAAGUGCAGUAUUGAUUCACUUCUCGAGCGGACUAUUAAGCACAUGGUGUUUUUGCAAAGUGUAACCAAGCAUGCUGAGAAACUGAAUAAAUGCUCAGUGUCAAAGUUGCUCGACAAGGAAACAGGUAUACGGAGAAUCUCCUGUCGGGAGCAAGGCUCGAGCUGGGCUGUCGAAUUGGGAAACAGCCAAAAGGCCUGCCCAAUAAUAGUCGAAAAUAUAAAUAUGAACGGGCAAAUGCUUGUAGAGGUAAACAAAGAGAGUGGUCACUUUCUGGAAAUAGCAGAGACCAUUAGAAGCUUAGGGCUAAGCAUUCUAAAAGGCGUGUCUGAAGCCUAUGGAGAUCAGAUGUGGAUGUGCUUUGUUGUUGAGGGAGAAAAUAACCGAAGCAUUCAUCGGAUGGAUGUGUUAUGGUCACUUAUGCAGCUUUUUCAACCUAAAACGUCGACUACUUGA